GCCGGAUUAACGUAUUUUUUUUAAAUCUCGGAUUGUUGCUGAACUUGUGUACGUGAACACCGCCGACGGCGUUCUUCAGCAGCAUCAUCAGCGUGACAACAAGCUGCCAGCGGUAACGCAAAAGUAGUAGAGAGAAAGGACGCAUCCCGCGCCGGGGUAGCCAGCGGCCAGCGGAAGCCAUUAGUAGUGUGUAUCGGUACGCGUUAAUUGAUCGUGGACCGCUGCGGACCCGCAACCAGUAAACCAGUUCGCCGGAGCCCUGCUCACCUGCGCCGCCAUCAACACGCGACGUUUCUGCUCGUUCGGACCACUUCGACCCGGGCGGUAGGGAGCGAUUCGUAGCCGUAUUCUCGUUCGUGGUGUCCGUGUUCAAAACCGCGGCCAUCAGCAGCAACAGGCAGGUUUCGCGACAGCAGCAGCAGCGCAGCUCAUUUUGUGGAAGGCUCUCGACUAGCGCUUUGCCCCAACCGGUGGUUAGUUACGAAACAAACGUCGGCCCGUGCAGGCGUGUCUUGUUCGAACGGUGUGAAAAGUGUUCCCCCAUCAAAGUGUGCUACUCUCUUGGAUCCAAGUGCAGGUCGCAGUGUGCUAAGGAAAGGCAGGAAAGCAUAAUUUCAGAGGAAACGGGUUCAGUCAGGAGAAAGUCUGUGCAACCGUGCCGUGUGUGAGACGUCGAGCCGGAUUUGAGGGCAGCAGCCGCGCGCGUGAAACGUGGCAGUGUCACACAGGUGGUGGUGCUCCAUCUACGCACAGUAGAUUGACCCGUUUACAAUCUUUAUUCGAAACUGGGUUCAGUAGUGUCGCACUUUGCAAGUCAACCGGAGAGUCGCGUCAAGAAGAAGGUGAAGGAAAAAAACUCGGUUACAGUGGAGCUUUAGCGGGGGUGUGCAGAGGCAGCAGGAGCAGCACCAGUAGCAUUUACUAGUUAGUGAGUGUGUGUGUGUGUGUGUGUGCGAGCGGCAGCUAUACUUCGUCGUCCUAGCAGCGUGGAACCGCCGGAGCACAUUGUUUAGCCAGUGCCUUAUGGAGCAGGAUAUAAUUAAGUACCCGGGUAGCAUCGUACCAUCGUACAUGGUCAACAAGAUGCGGAUAGACAUUGAGAAUCCACUGCUACAGAGUCACCGUCAGCGCGAAACCACCGGAAUUAAGAAGCUAUACAACUCGUUCUUCGUUAUGUUCUAACUGACUCGC